AUGGAGCACUUUGUCCAUGUUCCCCAGGGCCUGUACCAGGGAACACACUUGGCUUUAGGCCAGCCUGGACUCUCUGACCAGCUGCACUACUGGAGGCAAAACGCUGGUGCCCCCACUUUCCUGGCCAGGACCGGGCUGGUGGUGCCCACGAAUGCUUGGGCCUACUGCAUGGACCCUUACAAGAGGGAGCAGCUUAAGGUCAUUCUCUCCCAGAUGAAUCCCAGCCUGAGCCUGGGGCUAUGCAAGGCCAGUACCAAGGAGGUGGGCAUACAAGUGAGCCUGCGGGUGGACAGGUCCCUGCAGUGCUCGAUGGGCCCGCUAACUCUGCGCAGCUGCUCUCCUUGGGGCCAGAAGGUCCCCAAGGCACCAUCGCCAGCCUGGGACCUCUAUUCACCAGUGAUGGGCCUCAGACACUUGGUCCGGCUGCAGACGGAUGGGAAGGAUGAGGAGAGGCAGGAGCUUUCAGGUUCCGUGGAGGCCAGCCAUCAACAGCAGAAGUCACCACCAAGGCUAAGGUUGCAAGAGGACAAGGAGGAGGAACUCUGGCAGCAGGACAAGCUGAGGAAAGAAGAUAACUUGAGUCCUGGGGAAAGACAGAGUAAGCAGGCCCAAGGAGAUGCCCACUCACUCAGGAAACCCAACUUCCAGUUUUUGGAACGAAAAUAUGGCUAUUUUCAUUGUAAAGAUUGUAAGACCAGGUGGGAGAGUGCUUAUGUAUGGUGCAUUUCUGGAACCAGUAAGGUUUAUUUCAAACAACACUGUUGCAAAUGCUACAAGAGUUUUAACCCUUAUCGGGUAGAAGCAAUCCAGUGUCAGACCUGUUCAAAGUCCCGUUGUUCCUGUCCUCGAAAAAAAAGACAUAUUGACCUAAGGAGGCCUCAUCGACAGGAACUAUGUGGCCGCUGCAAAGACAAGAGAUUCUCCUGUGGCAAUAUUUAUAGCUUUAAAUACAUCAUGUGA